AUGGAAAUCCCAAGCUCAGAUGAUGAGAACGCAGAAUUUCGAUUUGACGUAGGCGGUGGCAUCGAGCAGGAGGAAGAGUGUGUCACCUUGGUCGACCAUCCGAGCGGCGAUUUCGUGGGUGAUUGCAAUAAUCCCCAUAACCUGACUGUUCGCGAUCUGUUUCGCCCAAGGGUACUACCAAAUGAAUGCGUGAUAACAAGAAGGGGAUGUUACGCAACCUCUUGUAAAGCAGCUCUUAUCAUCACUAUGGUAAUAUUCCUGUUUGUAGUGUCGCUCAUUUCUUUCGCCGUGUGGAGCGAUCACCACCAAACUUCCGCGUUGCCAGCUCUUCCACAUCCACCCAAUGUGAAACACUUCGACGGCCGCCUGCCAAUGGAGGUCAAACCAGUUAACUAUAAAAUUCAACUGACGCCUUACUUGGAUGAAGACGAUGGUAGUAAACGUUUUCAAUUUGACGGGGAAGUGACAAUUUUAUUACACUGUCUACAAGCCACGAACACAAUCACCCUCCAUUCCCUAAAUCUGGCCAUCGAUGUCGGGGCCAUCCGAUGUUCUAGUACUAAUAAAACGGACGGACCAAUUUCAGUAGUUACAACAAAAACAGUCGUUGAAUAUGAUUUCUUUAUAAUUGUGUUGGACCAGGCAUUAACAGUUGGUCACCAGUACUCAAUUAAUCUGAAUUAUUUUGCGAAGUUCACUGUUAAAACUCACAAAGAAACCUUUGGAUUCUACCGUAGUUCUUACGUAACAAAUGGUGAGACGAGACAUAUCGCCAGCACACAACUUGAAUACACUGAUGCCCGUAGAGUGUUCCCUUGCUUUGAUGAACCUGCGCUGAAAGCUACGUUUGAUAUUGCGGUCAAACACAGGAUACGUAGAUCUACCGUGUUGUCUAAUAUGCCGAAUAUCCGAAAUGAAACCAUUGGUGACUGGAAUACAGCAUAUUUCAACACUACGCCCGUCAUGUCGAAUUAUCUCAUUGCUGUAGUGGUCACUGACUUUGAGUGCAAAGAAACUAUUACUCCAAAUGGUGUCAAGUUCCGUGUGUGUGCAGAUGAACAAGAUUUAGAUGCUAUGGAGUUUGCGUUAAAUUUUGGUAGUCGAUGUCUAUCAUACUUCGAGGAGUUCUGGGGAGUUCUAUUUCCUCUACCCAAGUUAGAUAUGAUCUCCCUGCCAUCGUUAAGUGCUCGGGGCAUGGAAAACUGGGGCUUGAUCACUUAUCAAGAUUAUCUAGUUUUAUACGACAGUAGCGUACAUUCCCCAUCUCAGUUACAAACUAGCGCACAUGUGAUUUCACAUGAACUAGUUCACAUGUGGUUCGGUGAUUUUGUUGCUCCGAGCUGGUGGGACGAAUUAUGGUUAUCGGAAGGUUUUGCAAGAUUUUACCAAAACAUAGGUGUGAAUCAUAUAUAUCCACAAUGGCAAAACUAUGAGCAGUUUUAUCAAGAAAUAGUGACAUUCAAAGCUUUUGGUAGUGACAGCAGUCUGGAUUCGCCUCCCACAGUCAGACCAGUCGGAUGGAAGAAUGAAAUUGAUGAACUGUUUGGUGUAUCAAUUUAUGAACGGGCUGCUUCACUGAUCAGAAUGAUAGAAUCUUUCUUAGACAAGGAUGUCUUUCAUAGUGGAAUCAUGGAAUAUUUGAAAGAUAACUUGUACAAUAACACUGAAAUGGAUGAUUUGUGGAUACACUUGUCAAAACAGGCAAAUGCUGGAAACAGUGAAGGACAUAUUAACUUGAAGAUGAUAAUGGAUCCUUGGUUCCGACAAGUUGGAUAUCCUAUUGUCAUGGCAACUAGGGAAAAUAAUGCAGUUACAGUUCAACAAAAGAGAUUUUUGCUAAAUCCUCACGAAAAAGCAACAAUGCCUGGAAAGUACCCAGAAUUAGGACCUUGGUCUAUACCAUUAACAUACAUUCAUUCUGCUUGGUCUGAAAUCAGCAGUCUACAAUGGACAUGGUUUUCACAGUCAACCAAAACAUUUGAUUUAACUGGGAUCAGUAAAACUGAUUGGUUUUUACUCAACGUCAAUCAAACGGGCUACUACCGAGUUAACUAUGAUGCUGACAAUUGGCGUAAACUGAUCGAACAAUUGAACAUGGAUCACACCACUAUAUCAAUACAGAACAGGGCCGCUUUAGUGGAUGAUGUACUCAAUAUAGCUCAAUCUCAAGAUAUCAGUGUCAACACAUCGUUGCAGCUUUUGGAGUACUUGACGAUUGAAAUGGACUAUGCGCCAUGGCAAGCCGCAGAGUCUGCCAUUAAGUACAUAGAUAAUAUGCUGAAACGAACAGAAGCAUACCAAGACUUCAGGCGUAUGAUGACAGAUGUGAUAAAACCAAUGUAUAGCAGACUAGGAUGGAGCCUGACAACUCAGAACAUUGUACAGUUCCAUAAUGCAGCAUUGGCCACCAGAUUUGCUUGUUACUAUGGCAACAGUGAAUGUAUUUUGGAAGCCCAGAAGAAGUUUUCUGAAUGGUUGAAUGAUAGGAAAACAAACUUUUUAAUUGCAGAUGUUCGUCAAACUGUGCUAUGCCAUGGUUUGAUGUAUGGUAACAGUGGUGAGGAUUGGGAGACGGUGUUUUCACUAUUGGUGAACGCCACUGAUGGACCAUACUCUGAUGACUUGAAAUAUGGUUUAGCAUGCAGUGGGUUGCCAUGGAAAUUACAGAGUUAUAUGGCAAAAUACAUGCAGAGUGAAGACCUUGUUGAUGUCGUCAAUGACGUUAGGGACGCUUCUAUCCUGGGUUACUACUUAGCCUGGGAUUACGUAGUGUCAAACUUUGAUGAAAUGAAAUCAAGCAUUGGUGAAGACAAUGCAUAUGGAAUAAUAUGGUCAUUUGCUGAUAGUAUGAACACUCAGGCUGAUAGAGAAAAGUAUGAAGAUUUUGGUAACAGAUACCAUGACAUGUCCAAUGACCAUGCUAUUCAGUUCUAUAAGGGAUUACAACAAAUAAACACUAACAUUGAGUGGAUGGCGAAGAAUUAUGACGAUGUUGUCAUGUAUCUCAAAGAUAGAACAUGAAACGUCUUCUCCCC